GAGGUUUUGCGAACGGUGGGCGAGGGAGCGUACGGGGUGGUGAUGCGAUGCCGCGACCGCGUGAGCGGGGAGAUUGUCGCGGUGAAGGAGUUCAAGAUCAACUCGGCGGACCCUGACGUGGAGGAGGUGCGGCGGACGUCGACGCGGGAGGUGACGGUGCUCCGAGCGUUGUCCCACCCCAACAUCGUCGCGUACCUCGGAGACUUUUACGCCGGGGAGAAGCUGUACGUCGCCAUGGAGUACCUACCGAGGACGUUACUGGAGAUUCUCGACGACACCAACGGCGCGGGGUUACCCUCCGAAGACGUCCGCCUGUACGUCCACCAGCUGUGCGACGCGGUGGCGUUCAUGCACGCCGCCGGGUACGUGUACCGAGACAUCAAGCCGGAGAACUUACUCGUGGACGAUUCCAAGCGCCUGAAGCUGUGCGACUUUGGGUUUGCGCGGAGGAUCGACGUCGCGGACGCCCGGGGGAACUCGCGUGGUAAGGACCCGCUCACGGAUUACGUCGCCACGCGAUGGUACCGCGCGCCGGAGCUGCUCUUGGGUCAGCCCUACGCCGGCGCCGACGGCGCGACGACUCGCACGGGGUACGGUCAGCCGGUGGACAUGUGGGCCGUCGGGUGCCUCAUGGGGGAGCUGACGGACGGUGAGCCGCUCUUCCCCGGGGACUCCGACGUCGAUCAGCUGCGGCUGCUGCAGCGGUGCCUCGGGCGGCUCACGCCGGGGCAGAUGAUGGCGUUUUCGCUCAACCCCAACAACGCCGGGGUCACCUUCGACGAUUUGAGGGACGCGGAGCCCGAGGGACUGGACGCCAGGUACGCGGGGAAGAUGUCGACGCUCGAGCUCGACUUUUGCGGUCGGUUGUUGACGAUGAACCCGAAGGAGAGGAUCACGGGCGAGGAGUGCCUGCGACACCCGUACCUCGCGGAGCACAAUCGAGCAGAGGACUGA